AUGGUCAAGUCAUAUUUAAAAUUCGAGCCGGCUCGGUCCUUUGGCGUCGUCGCCUCGGGUACCUCCAACCUCCUCUGGGCCGGCCAUUCCUCGACCUCCUUCACCUCGACCUCGGCAGCCUCCACGACCACCGGCAGCGGCCAUGCCAUUGUCGCCGCCAACGAGGACGUUUUGGUCUGGGACAUGAAAAAGGGCGAGCUCCUGAGCCGCUGGCACGACGACAAGAACACGUCGCAGGUCACCGCCCUGGCCGCCAGCCGCGCCGACCGCGAUGUGGUCGCCGUCGGCUACGAGGACGGCAGCGUGCGGUUGUGGGACCGGCGCAUGGCUACGGUCAUGGUGAACUUCAACGGCCACCGAUCGGCUGUGACGCACCUGGCCUUUGACGGCGCGGGCGUGCGGCUGGCGAGUGGCUCCAAGGACACGGACGUGAUUGUGUGGGACCUGGUGGCAGAGACGGGGCUGUACAAGCUGCGCGGGCACAAGGACCAGAUUACGGGGCUGGCGUUUGCCGAGCCGUCGCUUCCUGUGGGUGGUGACGGCGAAGACGAAGGCGACGGCGCCGACGUCGUUGCCGACACACCGGCCGGCGACGGCUUUUUAAUUACGACCUCCAAGGACUCGCUCAUCAAACUCUGGGACCUGUCAUCGCGCCACUGCAUCGAGACACACGUUGCGCAGACCAACGGCGAAUGCUGGGCGCUGGGCGUGUCGGCUGAUCUGUCGGGGUGCGUCACAGCGGGCAACGACGGCGAGCUGCAGGUGUGGACACUCGAUGCCGCCGGCCUGGCUGCAUCGACACAACAAGUCGAUGCUCUGGCGACGACAAAAAGCACAACCAACGCAGAACCAACGUCCCCUCAAACCUUCCUCACAUCUCGCGGCACGCUGCACCGGCACGGCAAGGACCGCACAGUCGAGAUCCUGUUCCACCCUCGGCACGACUUUUUCGCCGUGCACGGCGUCGAGAAGGCUGUCGAGAUCUGGCGGAUACGGUCGGACGCGGAGAUUAAGCGCGCGCUGGUUCGCAAGCGGCGGCGGCGGCGGGAGAGGCAGGGCAAGGUGGAGAAGGGCGCCGACACAAACGUGGAUGCGGAAGACGACGAGAGCCUCAUCGACACGUCCCAGGCAGACGUGGGCGAGAUCUUUGUGCAGCACGUGAUUGUGCGGACGGGCGGCAAAGUGCGGUCGGUGGACUGGGCGGCCGGGGCCGCCCCGGGCGGCGGCAGCAAAAAGGACCUGCAGAUGCUGGUGGGCACGACCAACAACCUGCUGGAGCUGUACACCGUGUCCACGAAAAAGGACCGCGUUUCCAAGCAGGCCAAGAAGGACAAGGAGGAGCCCCCCGAGUACGGCCGCGCGCUGGCGGUCGAGCUGCCGGGCCACCGCACCGACGUGCGCUCUAUUUCCCUGAGCUCGGACGACAAGAUGCUGGCCACGGCGGCCAACGGCAGCCUCAAGAUCUGGAACGUGCGGACGCAGUCGUGCAUCCGCACAUUCGAGUGCGGCUACGCGCUGUGCUGCGCGUUUUUGCCGGGCGACAAGGUGGUGCUGGUGGGCACCAAGACCGGCGCGCUCGAGCUCUUUGACGUGGCGUCGGCGGCCCUCCUGGAGACGGUCGAGAACGCCCACGACAACGGCGCGGCCAUCUGGUCGCUGCAGGUGCACCCGGACGGGCGGUCGGUGGUGACGGGCAGCGCCGACAAGACGGUCAAGUUUUGGGACUUUCGCAUCGUGCAGGAGCCGGUGCUGGGCACGACGCGCACGACGCCCCGGCUCAAGCUGGUGCAGACGCGCCUGCUCAAGCUGACAGACGACGUGCUGAGCGUGCGGUUCUCGCCCGACGCCAGGCUGCUGGCGGUUGCGCUGCUGGACAACACGGUCAAGGUGUUCUUUGUGGACUCGCUGAAGCUGUACCUCAACCUGUACGGGCACAAGCUGCCCGUGCUGAGCAUGGACAUCUCCUACGACAGCAAGCUGAUUGUGACGAGCUCGGCCGACAAGAACGUCAAGAUCUGGGGCCUGGAUUUCGGCGACUGCCACCGCUCCCUGUUUGCGCACCAGGACAGCAUCCUGCAGGUGGCCUUUGUGCCGCACAACCAGGACGGCAACGGCCACCACUUUUUCAGCUGCGGCAAGGACCGCGCGGUCAAGUACUGGGACGGCGACAAGUUUGAGCAGAUCCAGCGGCUCGACGGGCACUUUGGCGAGAUCUGGGCGCUGGCCGUGAGCCACGGCGGCCGCUUUGUGGUGACGGCCAGCCACGACAAGAGCAUCCGCGUCUGGGACGAGACGGACGAGCAGAUUUUCCUGGAGGAGGAGCGCGAGCGCGAGAUUGAGCAGCUGUACGAGAGCACGCUGGCGACGUCGCUGGACCGCGCGGACGCGGACGAGGAUCCGGAAGAGCGCGACCGCGAGGGCCAGCUGGGCCAGCAGGUGGGCGCGGCGUCCAAGCAGACGGUGGAGACGCUGAUGGCGGGCGAGCGCAUUGCCGAGGCGCUGGAGCUGGGCCUCGCGGACCUGAAUCUGCUCAAGGAGUGGGACGAGGCCAAGGCGCGGGCCCUCGCUGGCGAAGGCGGCGGAGGAUCGAUCGCGCCGCCGCAGCGCCACAUUGUGUUUGUCGCCCAAGGCAACCUCUCCGCCGAGCAGUACGUCCUCGGCGUGCUCGCCAAGAUCCCCGCGGCCGCGCUGCACGACGCGCUGCUGGUGCUGCCGUUUGCGCAGGUGCCCGCCCUCUUUACGUUUCUGGAGCGGUUCGCGCGCCAGGGCCUCAACAUGCCCCUGACCUGCCGCGUGCUCUUCUUCAUGCUCAAGACGCACCACCGCCAGAUUGUGGCCAGCCGCACGAUGCGGGCCAUGCUCGACACGCUGCGGGCCAGCCUGCGCGGGGCGCUGCAGCAGCAAAAGGACCAGAUGGGCCACAACAUGGCGGCGCUGCGGGUGGUGGGGAGUGCGGUGGCGGACCAGAGCGUCAAGACGUAUGUGGACGACACGUGGGACGCGGCGGAGGCGGCGGCGGCGGCCACGGGCGCGGGCAAGCGCAAGCGGACGUUUGUCCAGGUGGCAUGA